AUGAUAUCGCGUCAGAUACUGACGAGACUUUCUCAGCUCGGAUUCGUGAUCCCUCUGGCUGCUCGUCCUGAUCAGUGUUAUGACAAAAUUACUCCCCAUAGCAUGUCCACCAGUAAGGUGUGCGGUGCUUCUGGUAGUUUCCUCCUCUUGGGGGGCUGGUGUGGUGUUAUGUGGGCUUUCUUGCGAUCGCUCUCCCUCCAUCUUCAGAUUUGUUGGCAGGUUCUUGUGGGAAGAAGCUUCAUGAUAUUUGCUCAGGCUGCCGGCUGGGGCAUUCCCUUACUCGGCAUCACCUUGGCUCUCGUCUUCAGCGGUGUUUCUUUUCGGUUCGGUUCAACGUGCCACCUCAAUCACAAGAACAGUCUCGCCGAUGUGUGGAUCCCGCUCCUCAUUUUUGCUGGCGCAACUGUGAUUAUUACGUUUGCGACAUUUGGCUACUGCGUCAAAGUUUACCUGGCCUCCUUAUACGACAACUCUGCCUCAACGGAAGGGUCGAGCCUCCCGGCAUACACUAGCAGCGUCAGAACGGUGUCCCCUCGCCAAGCCUAUCGUCGUGUGAAACGGGUUAUUGCCUUACAAUGGCGCGGCAUUGCCAUCGUCCUGAUCAUCAUUGCUGAUGUUAUCUUCUUCUCGGUCAUCUUCGUGUUCCAAGACAACGUUGUGCAAUCGGUAACAAACGACCCCAGCAUGGCAAAAGAUUGGGUAACUUGCCUCAUUGGUGCAGGGGGUGACAAGAAUCAAUGUCUCAAAUAUGCGGGCUCCAUUGUCGUUAACGAAGCCACGGUCACGGCUGUGUUACUCUUAUUGGGGUUGAACGGCAUUUGGCUGAUGUUCCUAUUGGGCCGUAUUUCCAUGUUUACCGGCUGGUACGAAUUGUUCACGUCGUUCCUACCGAGUAGCCGCAGACAGAAAGAGUUUGUGUCUGUGGACGCUCGCCAUGAUACUAAGAAAGAAUUACGCAAUUCACGUUCGUACGAAAUGCUCUCCAGGGACUCUAGCGUUGUGGUAACACCACUCUCUCCAGUAAAAUCGCCAUCGCCUGGACGGCGAACCCCUGACUAUUUCGGCCAGGCGGCACGGUAUAACGUUCCUGUGAGAUCAUUCUCAAGUCCUCGAGGGCCGCAGACAGCCUCGUGGGAUCAUCAGGAAACAUUUGCGCGACCCGAGCGACCCGAAAGAACCGAUCGUCAAGACAUGAACCCGCUCGGCAUGAACAGAAUUUAA